CGGAGCCGUCGCCGCCCUGGGCGCCUGCGCGGCCUCGCCGCCCGCCCCGCACGGCUCCGUCCCGGCCAUGGCUCUGCGGCUGCUGCGCGGCGCGCCCGGGGCAGCGAAGUCAUCACUUCUUUGCCACGUGCGGAGCAGCUCCAGCUCUAAGCCAGGAGGAAGAUCUGGGCCUGCUAAGCAGCCACUAAAGAAACCAAAGUUACCAGUAGGUCGGUUUGAUGAACCAGAAGAGUCCAGUAUGGAGAAGGAGCCCUUGGAAAAAUUCCCUGAUGGAAUCAAUCCUACUACAAAAGAGAGGGGUGGACCUAGAGGCCCUGAACCUACACGUUUUGGAGACUGGGAGAGAAAAGGACGUUGUAUAGAUUUCUAAUAUUUAAAUGUCUGUAUUGCUAAUAAAAUAUUUAUAGUUGCUAAAAAAUAUAAUGUACAGAAAAAUCACACCUGGAUUUCUCAUGGAGCUUAUCAUUUCUGUUGUGCCACCAAAUUCUGUCAUGUGAUGAAUUUUCUGAAUAAUGCAAUGUAAUUAAAUGCAGUGCUGCAGCUCAGAUUAUGGAGCUGUUAGUGGCUCAGUGUCUGCCUGAUCUUCAAUACUAUUUACACUGUGCAAGUAUAAAUGCAAGUAUGAAAUUGUGUAGUCAGGAGCUUAUUGAGAUGUAUAAAGCCUUGUAUUUCUUCAUGAAUGUAAAGAUUUACGUGGUGUUGUAAAAGUGUUGAAAGAACUUUGCAUUUCAUGAACCUGGACGCCAUGAAAAGUAGAACCAACUCUGAAGAGAUCAGUAAGUCACUGAUUUCACACAGUAGUUCCCUGGUAAAAGCCCCUUUACUCAAGAACCUUCCCUCUGUCCCCAUUGCAGUGAGUUGGGUGUUUCUUCCUGUUUGUAGGAAAGGGACAGUCUUGUCUCUGAUUGAGGACUGUAAGUACCACAAUGGGAAUGAAGACUUAAUUUUGGAGAGGGUCAGCGCUUGAUUGCAAGGAGUGUGUGUAGAGGUGCUCUAUUUGCAAUUCUAGAACACUGUUCUUCAUCACCUGUCUUCUUCAUGCUAUUUGCAUUAUCUUUUCUUUUGUAAGUGGAGGUGCCCUUUUGCACAUGGGCUAAAUGCUGCUUGGGAAAAAUGUCUGAAACCUUAUGGUCAAAGGGGACAAAUUCCAUUAGGUGAUCUAAUAUUGCACGUCUUAAAACUAAGUUAUCUGGCAUCAAACUAAAUAUCUGUCAGCCAGACUGAGCUCAGUUCUUCAUUCAAGAACUUGUCUAGUCAUAAGUACUGUAGUAGUAAAGUGUAAAUCUACCACUUGUGUGAGUAAUUACUAAUGAGAGUAAGUUGUCAUUUAAAUGUGUGAACGUGUGCUCUAUUUCUGUGCAAGUUCUUUUUGGUAGCCUGAACAAAUGGAUCUUCUUUUUCUAGAGAAAGGUGUGGGUUUUGCCUUUGCAUGGUUUAACCAGAGAAAUAAAGCUUGUUGGUCUUGUCAAAAACCGGAGCAGCCUCCCCUAAAACUCACCUGACUGGCAGCCAGUGGGGGAGCUCCUUGUUGAAGUCUGACAGUUAGUGUAUCCAGUGUGUAUGUUAGAGACAUAGUCUUGCUAUAAUCCUGAGUUUGGAUGUUUGUCUCAUUGAGGUGAUUCCCUACAAAAAUACUGAAGUUGUUCAGUUAUAAAUACCUCACUGACAAGCAAAAUGGGAUUAAUGAAAGCUCAUAAAAGGUGUUAAUUAGUGGUAAUUAAAUUUCAAACCUUUGAAUUAUGCAGCAUGGCUUGGAUAUUAGAAAUUUUUUUUAUAUUUAUAUCUAAUUCAUUCUAGUUUCUCUUUCGUAGAGUGACAUAUUUUUCCAAAAUCUCUUGACAUUUCCAGUUACCUAAAGAUAGACUGGGUCAGCUGUCUUUAAUAUAUGCUGUUGUUAAUUUUUUCUGGUUUUGCCUUUUCAGUUGCUGGUGUGUUGAAAAAUACUUUCUCACACAAUACACUGCCUUUUCAAAUAGGAAGUGGAAAUUUUAAUUGGAAGCUUCUGCCUUUUCUGCAUCAUUAAUAAUAGGCUUAACAUCUUAAUUCGUGAAGAGGUGGUAAAAUACUGCAGUUAUUUAUUUUUUAGUUCUAAAUAUUCUCCAUGGAUUGUUGCAUUACUUCAUUAUCUUCUCAUACCAUGUUUUACCCUUCCCAGCACACACUCCAUGAAUGUUUAUCUAGUUGCACUUCUUGGCAUUCCUGAUUUUCAAAUCUAAUUGCUUUCCUCAGUGUUGACUGCAGGUGCAUUCCUCCCUGGGUACAGAAUUAACACUGUUUUGAUUUAGCAUACGAGGAACUGGUCUCACUUUUCCAUCAUUUUCCUUACGUUUCAGUUGCUUGUCUUUGGUCUCCCUCAGCAUUGUGCUUAAGGGCUGACCCAAGUAGUGUCCAGGCCCCUGUUUGUCUUCUUUCAUGUCGGUGAUGACUGCUGCUGCCACAGGCAGGCAGUCCUUCCUGUCAGAGCUCAGGAACGUCCUAGACACUCCCUGCCAAUAUCCAUGAAGUACCUGGAUUUGGAAGAUAAUUCUGAGAGCACUAGUAUCUGUACCAGUAAGACAGUGUCUCAUAAAGGCAGAGAUUUUUCUUUCCUUCAAAAAAUGGAAUCACAGAAUAAUUGAAGUUGAAAUAAACCUCUAAGAUCAUCAAGUCGAACCAUUAACCCAGCACUGUCAAGUUGGCUACUAAAUCGUAUUCCUAAAUGCCACAUCUACACAUCUAAAUACCUCCAGGGAUGGUGACUCAAUCACUUCCCUGGGCGGUCUGUUUUAAGCUUGACAGCCCUUUCAUUGAAGAAAUUUCUCCUAAAAUAAAAAGGCUGUUGUUAAGCCAUGUUAUAAAUAGCUGAAAAGGAACUGGUGCAUGGGAAAUAAAGACCACUUCGGUCUUGAGCAACUUCAAGCAUUUUUUGCCACCUCACAGGUUGGUGCCAGUAACCAAGUAUUUGCUUAACUUGUUUAUGGAAUGUGUCAGUAAGAUAUAGGAAACUGAACAAAUAAGCAAGAUAAUACGUAAGAGCCAAAGAGUGAGUGCCAAGGGCCUUCUUAUGUUGGCUGGCAAUCUGGCAUUUACCAAAAAGAGGAGCUCUGGAUUCCAGUAACAGUUAAGCACAAAAUCCUAUGGUGCUGCAAAAUCUCUUGUGUUACCUCUCAAAAGUGAUCAGGGAUUGAAUGUAACAAAUGAUACAAUGAUUUUGAAGGGUAUAAACAAUCUUUUCUCUUUGUUUUCUUGCAGUGCCUGUAGUUAAGAAAGCAGCACUUCAGCACUUUUUUGGAGCUGUCUUCCUGCCCUUCCCAGAUAAUUACUAUUAGAAAUACACUGAAAUUUAGCAUUAGGAUGACAAAAUGGCUAGGGGCAUUAGCUAUUAGAUCAGCCAUAUAUAUGGUUUUAUUAUGAUCAAAUAUUUUUUGUAGCUCUUUUUGUUAGUAUAAACAGUGAAGAGCAGCAGGGAUUGUCUCCUGGCAUUUUUUGUUAACUUUCUAGGAGACAAUACAAAAAUUGUUCUGUGUGUGUAAGCAAAUUCUUACAGUACUGCAGGAUGCUUGCUGCUCUAUUUGUUUUCUUUACUAAAAAUCUGUAUGUUGUGUUUCUGCAGUAGGUUUUCUCUUUUAAACUUGUUUCUGUUACUUGGUGAUGCAUUUGGUACAUUAUUAAAAUUAUGAAACCUUUAUCGUUUGAAGGAAUUGCACCAUAAAUAUAUGAAGUUUCAAUUUACAGUAAAAGAAAAUAUUUGCUAUAUAUUGCCUUGUUUGGAAAGUAUGUAUUUCAGUGUUGAUUUUAUUAAGUUGAAACAUAGGAUAUGUAAUAGAAUCACAGUAAAAUUACCUGUCAUAGUAGCAUAAGUUUGUAAAGCACCAUAGAAUGUUGUUAUAAAUCUUUACUACUUUUUCAGUUGACUGCAAUAAAUGAUGACAAAUUCCA